AAAUUUAAAAUAAACGUAAGGUAAAUUUAAAAAUUCAAAAGGAUUCAAAAAUAAAUCUUAGAUUAAUAAAAAACAGAUAAAAAAAUCUAUCUUUAAAAAAUAUUUUAAACAAAAAAAAAUUGACAAGAUUUAUAAUAUCUUGAACAUAUUAAAGAACUAUUUGAGAAAGAGUGUUAUGUUUGGAUCUAGUACUGCGUUCGAAGCCAGGUUCGAAGUGACACUUUGACAUAUUCGAGUUUUUUACUUUUUAACAGCGUCUGUAGUAAAAGUGUGUUUUCAACAAGUAACUUUUUUGCGCCGGCACUUUUUGUAAGAUGAGUUCCUCGGAGAGUGAUAACGAUAUAAUGCUGUGGGAAGAUUCAGAAGAUGAUUGCGACGAAGAAUUGUUAACAUUCCAUGGAAAUGUAGAGGCAGCUGCUGUUGCAGUUGGCUCACUGCUUUCUAAGCCGAAAAAAAGAGGUGGUUCUGUUCCCUGGAGAAAAUCAAACAUUAACAGAUAUUUUCAGCAAGCUGAUGAAAAAUUAUUCAGAGAUUAUUUUGCUGAAGACUCAAUUUACGAUGAAGAACAUUUUAGACGCAGAUUUAGGAUGAACAAGGGACUGUUUAUAAAACUAAUUGCUGACGUAGAACGCCAAAAUCCAUAUUUUCAGCAAAAAAUUGAUGCUGUUGGUAAAAUUGGACUUUCUGCGAGACAAAAAUGUACUGCUGCCAUGCGAAUUCUUGCGUAUGGUUCAUGUGCAGAUUCAAUUGAUGAGUUUGUAAGAAUUGGGGAAUCAACAGCUCUAAAAACUUUGAAAGAAUUUUGUAAAACAAUUGAUAAUUUGUAUGGAGCUACGUAUUUGCGGUCACCAAAUGCAAGGGACAUAAAAAAAAUGUUAGAAGAAAAUGAAUCCAGAGGUUUUCCGGGAAUGUUAGGAUCGUUGGACUGUACACAUUGGCAAUGGAAAAAUUGCCCGACUGCGUGGACCGGCCAAUUUACCGGCAAAGAAAAAAAACCAACUAUAAUCCUAGAAGCUGUGGCAUCACAGAAUUUACAUAUUUGGCACGCUUUUUUUGGGAUGCCGGGCUCUUGUAAUGAUAUUAACGUGCUGGAUAGAUCGACAUUGUUCCAAGAGUUAUACAACGGAACGGCUCCUCCUGUUAGCUAUGUAGUAAAUGGACGCAGAUAUGAACAAUGUUAUUAUUUAGCUGAUGGCAUUUAUCCUCAUCUGGCAACAUUGGUACAAACAAUUUCAGCACCUGUUGGCGACAAAAAAAAGGUAAAAUGUUAUAAGAAAUGUUAUGAGAAAAUUCAACCCCAGCGAUUAAGUUUUAAAAUAACUACCUUUCACAUCUUCAACAUGUCUUUAGAAUUUUUUAGAAUUUUAGAAUUUUAGAAUUUUAGAAUUUUUGAAUUUUUAAAUUUUUGAAUUUUUGAAUUUUUGAAUUUUUGAAUUUUUGAAUUUUUGAAUUUUUGAAUUUUUGAAUUUUUGGAUUUUUGAACUUUUGAAUUUUUGAAUUUUUGAAUUUUUGAAUUUUUGAAUUUUUGAAUUUUUGAAUUUUUGAAUAUUUGGAUUUUUUGAAUUUUUGAAUAUUUGAAUCAUACACAAGAGCAUGCAUGCAGACAUACAAAAAUCUUCGAAACACGAAUUUAAAACUUUGCCCCCGGCUUGCCGGUACUUGUCGGGUAUCAGAAAAUGAGUACCCGACAGGUACCGGCACAUAUUUUUCUUCUACAGAUGAACUUGAGAUCAAAUUUGAUACCUGCUUUGCUACGCGCGGUGGGAGACUCGGGGGCAAACUCGAGAGCAAAUUUGGUGGGUAUCAAAUCGGGUAGCAAAUGGUUUAUCUUUCGACAUUUUCGAAAAAUGAAAUUCUUUGAAAUUUUCAAUAGGAUUAAAAAGUUUAAUGAACUUUUAGCAUUUCUAGGCAUGAAGCAACACAUAAUAAUUGAUUUUGAAGGUAAACGAGAGCAAAAAAUGAUAAAAACCCAUAUUUGCCCCCCGCAGUGGGCUUGUUUCGGUGGCAAAUUUGCUACCCUAGCGGUGGGGAUGACGGAGUUUUUUCAAGGUGGCAAAUUUGAUCUCGGUAUUCAUGAGCCGGGUGCAAAUUUGAUUUGCACCCCAGCGCUGGAGAUGCACUAAGCAUUUUAAAAAAGUUUUUCAAAAGUACAAUAGUAAUAUUUGUGUUAAUUCUUUAAUCAUUUCAAAAUUUGAGUAAGGGCUCGAACCUCAUUUUUUUGAAGAAAAGGGUGAAGAUUGAAAACAAUGGACAAUGAAAGAAAUAUACUAUUUGAAGAAUCAAUAGUAAAAGAAAGAUAGUAAUUUCUGAAGUAGAUAAAGAAAUUAACAAUAGUUAAUAAAUAGAGGCAACAAACAAGCUUAGAUUGUAUAAGGGAAAUUUAUAGGGCAGAUGAACAAUUAUUCAAAUAGAUAAAUAAAGAUAAACAAAAUUGACAUCGCUGCCAAAUUAAGGGAAAACAGACAGUUUGUUACAGCAGCAUCAAUUAGUAAAUAGAGUGGAAAAGCGUUGAGAAAUAAGAGAAUCAUGAAAGAAAAAUCGAAAACAAAUGGACGAUAAUAAACAUAAGUCGUGUUAGAGAAUCAG